GAUCUGUAAUACCUGUUGAAUAACUAUGGAAGACUACACCAAAAUAGAGAAAAUUGGAGAAGGUACUUAUGGAGUUGUAUAUAAGGGUAGACACAAAACUACAGGUCAGGUGGUAGCCAUGAAGAAAAUCAGACUGGAAAGUGAAGAGGAAGGGGUUCCUAGUACUGCAAUUCGGGAAAUUUCUCUAUUAAAAGAACUUCGCCAUCCAAAUAUAGUCAGUCUUCAAGAUGUGCUUAUGCAGGAUUCCAGGUUAUAUCUCAUUUUCGAAUUCCUGUCCAUGGAUCUCAAGAAAUACUUGGAUUCUAUUCCUCCUGGGCAGUUCAUGGACUCAUCGCUUGUUAAGAGUUAUUUGUACCAGAUCCUUCAGGGUAUUGUCUUUUGUCACUCUAGAAGAGUUCUUCACAGAGACUUAAAACCUCAGAAUCUGUUGAUUGAUGACAAAGGAACAAUUAAACUGGCUGACUUUGGUCUUGCUAGAGCCUUUGGGAUACCCAUUAGAGUAUAUACACAUGAGGUAGUCACACUCUGGUACAGAUCUCCAGAAGUAUUGCUGGGGUCAGCUCGUUACUCUACUCCAGUUGACAUUUGGAGUAUAGGCACCAUUUUUGCAGAAUUGGCAACGAAGAAACCACUUUUCCAUGGGGAUUCAGAAAUUGAUCAACUCUUCAGGAUUUUCAGAGCUUUAGGCACUCCUAACAAUGAAGUAUGGCCAGAAGUGGAAUCUUUACAGGACUAUAAGAACACAUUUCCCAAGUGGAAACCAGGAAGCCUGGCAUCCCAUGUCAAAAACCUGGAUGAAAAUGGCUUGGAUUUGCUCUCGAAAAUGUUAGUCUAUGACCCUGCUAAACGAAUUUCUGGUAAAAUGGCACUGAAUCAUCCGUACUUUAGUGAUUUGGACGAUCAGAUUAAGAAGAUGUAGGUUCCUGCCAAAAUGUUUCAAUGCAUUAUAAUCCAGGGUGAAUAGUUGUAUUUUUACUGUUGUGAUUCUGUCUAUUUUUGUCUUCUACAUUUUUCUUCUUUGCUAUAAAACUGAAACUGUACUUCACUUUCUAAUUUCAAAAGUAUAACUUAAAAAUGUAAAUAUUGUUCUAUAUAAAUUUAAAUAUAAUUCUGUAUAUGUGUGUAGAUCUCACUGACAAUUAUUUGUUACUAUCAUAAAACUAUACAUCUAAUACUGGUGUUAGGCACUGGGGAAAUUUUGAGCUAGUUUAAAUCACCUCAGUCUUUAUAGCAGUUAUAUUUUCCUGUAGUUAUAGUACCGAAAUUUAGGUAAAUGUGCCAAGUUCAAGUUUCAUAAUAGUUUGAUGUGUUUUUAUGCUCUGAAUGUUUAAAUUUUCUGAUCCGUUUCUUGCCAUGUGGUAACUAUACAACCUGCUUGAAGAUGAAUAUUUUUUUACUGGUAUUUCAAUUUGUGACCUAAAUGUUUAAGCAUUCAGGAUGAGAGGGCUGUACAGAUCUGAGAAAUGAUGCUAAAUUUAUAGAGGUUUUCAGUAACUUAUAAAACUAACAUUAGAGCAUGCCAGAGUUUGCUAAAUUUUGCAGUCGAAGAUCAAGGGCUGUCCUCAGCAGGGAAGAACAGUUUGAAAAUUUAUGAACUAUCCUAUUUUUAGGUACAUUAUGAAAACUGUUUGUCUAAGUGAAUUCUUAUGCUUUGGCCAGAAGUAAUCGCUAUGAAGGAGCUGCUUCUCUUGCUUUUAGAUCUGACUUUACUUAAAAAUUCUGACAAUGUUGUUUAUUAGCAGCCUUCUACAAAUGUUCUAACACACAAAUACUUAGCUGCAAUCUCUAGUUCUGAGAAUUAAUUAUAAUUCUUACCUGUGAGCACCUAGUUUAAAUUAUUUGCAAUCAUCAAGAGAAAUGUAUAUAAAAACAGUUUUGUUACUGUUGUAGGAUAUAUCUGUUGUUUCGCUGACCACAUUUUCUUCUUUUUUUUUUCUGCUUACCUGUGGCUUGAAUCUGCAUUCCUGUGUUACUGGUUCUUACUAGGUUGGUUGGGUAUGCAAUGAGUGAUCCAUCUUACCCUUUUGCACUUGGAGGUGAAAGUGUGGAUCACUUUCUUUGGCGGUGGGACAGUUGGCAGUUGGUUGCUUUGUUGUAGAAAUUAUGGAAAGCCACCUGGCUGUAAAAGAAUUCAGAGCCUGCAGAUGGAAGUCAUUCGGAGUCAUAUUAGGGAAAGUUGUUAAGAUUUCAUGGUGGGAAUCUGGGAAAUGAAAAUCGCACAAAAGAUUUCAGAUGGUGCAGUAGUGUGCAUAUCUACCAGCUUAUGUUCACUUACAGAGGAAGUGGGACUUUAAAGUAGAACUAUUUUUCAAAUUGCAACGCUUUAGUAUUAACUACUAGAGUAGAAUUAGCAUUAACCACUAGAGUAGAAACUAUCAAUGUUUAUCAGUAACACAAAUAUGUGAUGAGUGUUUGGAACCUUAAAAUAUGGCAGAACGACUUCUCUCAGUUGAGCCUAAUUGUCUAAAAUGUCAAUAAUGCACCCAUUUAGAAUGCUAUGGUGGACCACGGCAAGAACAUAGAUGGUAGAACACUGGCAUUGCUGUAGGGUUUGAUCUACUUUUGAUCCUGCUUCAAAUAUUUGUGUGAUAAUAUAAAAUAUGUCAAUUUCGGGGACUUGGUGAAAAGCUACUGAAUCAGAUACUCACCUCAUGCAUAUUUUUAAAUAAAUUUAUGCUGUGGGGGCUCUGCUUAAUUAUAAAAUGACUAGGCCAUUGGUUUUUGCUCCAUUUCUGAACUGGACCAGUUCACCCCUCCUUAGGCCACUUCCAGGAGGUCACCAUAUUGAUGCCAAAUUUAGUGUGGGCACAGACUGGCAUACCACACAGCAGCCCAGAACUGAACCCAAGCGGUCCUCCUACUUCAGCCUCCCCAAUAGCUGGCACUGUAGGUGUGGGCCGCCAUGCCUGACUAGGCCAUUGGUUUUUAAAUCUGUAGUGUGCCAGAAGUCCCUUGGAGCUGCCUCUGGCACUACCCUAAACAAUUCUGAUUUUGAAAUUGGAAAAUGCAUCCCAGAAAUGUAUUUCUUUUAAAAGCUUCCCAAGCUCAUGACAAAGUUGUUAUCAAUUGAUGGUGAGUUUGAUGACUGGACAUGUAUCUAAUUUUGUCCUAAAACUCCAUAGCAUCAUGCAAUAUUUUAAUUCUUUUUCUGAUUCAGUCUAUGUUCUUCAGAGGAAGAAGUGGACUAUGCAUCAUAUAUAAUCAUUGAUGUGAGACCUUUACACAGCACUAUAAUUACUAAAAAUCUUAAAUGUUAUCCAGCCUUGGAGGUUUUUCUUUUUUUUAAUUUAAAUAUAUUAGCAAUAAAAAUGCAGAACAGUCAAUACAAAAUAUACAGCAAACUACUAUGUAUAUGAGCAUGGCAUAUAUAAAUUAAAAGUUCUAAAAUAAUAGUAUUUUAGAAGAGUUAAUAAAAUGGCCUAAUAAAGUUCUUCUAGGGACUUAAAAGCUAAAAUUUUAAUUAAAUGUUUUAAAGUGCUUGAAAAGACUUGGAAGCUGUUAGAUGGAGCAAACUUUUUAGUUCUUUAGCAAGAGGUGGCUCAUGGUAGGUCCAUUUUUAAUGGAGACCACCAUGAAGCAGCCCUGAGCAGGGCUCAGAUUAAUCAAUUGGCUUUUCAUGUCCACGUGUGAAUCUGAACAAGGCCUAGGCUCCUUGUCUGGAAAUAGUGGCCAAGUGAACCUCUGUGAGUCACUAAUCCCUACUAAGACCUGUAGUGGCAGUGAAGCUCAGAAAGCCUCAAAGGAUAUGAUGACAGCCAACACACCUGGAUCCCAUCUCAACUGGAUAAAGACUAUAGCCUCAGGCAUCUCACUCCUGGAUGGAUUAAUUUAUUACCUUACUUGAAGUCCCUGACUGAUUUCUCCCUUCUUCUGAUAACCAAAUAAAUACAGGCCACCCAGAGAAGGUCUUAGUCUUAGCCCUAAGAGAAUCUUAAAUUUGGGGAGAGGGCUCUUGUCCUCCUGGAGCCCUGAAAUCACUCUAUUUUUCUCUUUUUAUUUAGCCUUCCCUGUACACUCUUGGGAGAU